UCUAAAGGAAACAUUGGGAAUUUCAUCUUGAGUGUGGGAGCAAGGCCCACAAUAAUUUGCUUCUCAGGCAGAACAUGAAAUGAGCCUUUUUUUCGUAUAAGCUUUCUUUUUUAUUUAGCCAGUACUCAGUUGCAACUUCUAACCUUCUGCCACCUGACAAUGGGAUAAUCCCUCAGCCUUGGGGUGGAGACCACUGCUCAGUUUUCAGCGAUGAACAAGUUUCUAACAGCCAUGGGCUCCAGGAGGAAGAGAGGUCUCUGUAGUUUGAGACUGGAUGGCAGUCUGAUGUUGUGGUGCGGGUAUCUCCUGUUCCUGGGACAAUCCAGCCUCGCUGAUGUGGCAAAGUGCCCCGCACAGUGUCACUGCCCAAAACCCAUGCCGUGCCAUCCAAGCGUGCCCCUGGUUCUAGACGACUGCGGCUGCUGCUCAGUUUGUGCUCGGCAGUUCAAUGAGGAAUGUGGCUUGCUUCGACCUUGUGACCGUGACCGCGGGCUCCGCUGCCAAUUGGAGGCCAGGACAAAUGCCACAACCGGAAUCUGCAGAGCCAGCAACGUGGGACGGCCUUGCUUCCUGAACGGCAGAGUUUUCCAACACGGCGAGAGCUUUAUGAAGAAUUGCAGGCUGCAGUGCAGCUGCCGGGAGGGCAGGGCCCACUGCUCCCCGCUGUGCCCGGAGAAGCUGCCUGCGCCGCCCGCCUCCUGCGCGGACGCUCGGCCCGUCAAGGUGGCUGGCACCUGCUGCGAGCGCUGGAAGUGCGUGACGCCCCGCUCAGGGGACCGCAAGGCGUGGGCGCCACCCGAGUGGAGGGAGUUUGUCACCGGCCUCGCGAAAGCGGUCAAGUCGCCGAAUGCAGCGCCCCGAAAGUUGGAAACAAAACACAAGGCCUUGAACCCUGACCGCCUGGAUGUCAAACGCUACUUUGACCGCCCUGAGCUGAAAGGUCAAUUGAAGAGACAAAACUUCAGCUAUCCUGAUUGCCUGGUCAGGAACACAAAGUGGUCGACCUGUUCGCAGACCUGUGGCAUAGGAAUUUCAUCCAGACUAAGCACCAACAACACCUGGUGUCAUCCGAAAUGGGAGACUAGAUUGUGCCAGAUCCGGCCCUGUGAUAUGCUCAAUGAGGUCAAUCUCCAGGGAGGCAAGAGGUGUCGGAACAGCAAGAAGGAGCUAGAGCCCAGGCUGAUUUCUUACCAAGGUUGCACCAGCCUGAGGAAAUACAAGCCCAAGUACUGUGGCCUGUGCACGGAUGGGCGCUGCUGUUACCCUGCUGAGACCAGGACCAUGAGAGUGCGUUUCUACUGCCUGGUCAGAGGAUUUAUUGUCAAGCACGUCAUGAAGAUCAAGAGGUGUGAAUGUAACUGGCAAUGCCAGUACCAGAGUGCCCACUUCUGGUUAGACAAUGACAAACCCUACAGGUCCAUUAACCGACAGAUGGGUACCAAAGGCAUUCAUGGAAAUUUUUAAACCAUUGUUGCAUUCCAGUUUACAAUUGACCUGCAGUGUUCAAUGGUUUAAUUUGGCUUGUGGAUUGAUCUAUGAUCACUGUGUUUGAUUGAUUAGUGCUUAGAUGCUGCUUCUAAGCUUAAUAUAAACAGAAACUUGCAAAAAUACCUAAGGAACUCAUUGCAGGCUAGAGGGCCUGUUCUUGUGCUGGACAAUUCAGUUCUAAGCCAGAGUUGUGAAUAUGAUUUAAAGUUCACUUUCUACUUUGUGCUGAGCUAAACUGUAUAAGCUCUACAGCAAGCCAGUGAAUAAACAGCAGACUCCAAAGUUGGCACACAGGUCUCCCACUGGAAUGUGAGUUGCCAACUGCCCUCUUUAAGGGGAACUAUUUUGCUGCAGUAUUGCUUUGCUUUAGCAUUCCUCUGACCCAAUUCACUUUCAUGUCAGUGCCAGGGAAAUCUUUCAUAUUUUAAUAAUAGAUUCCUAAAAGCCUGGAAAUAGCAAUGCCCCUAACAAUUAAACUCAUAUCGAUUGUUAAUUAACAAUUUCCACCUUAAGACCACAUCACAGCAACGUGUCCAGAAAUUCAGAACUCCUCACAGUGAUAUCAAAGUCAUUACUAACACCUUCCCUUGAAGGUAGCCAAGAUUUUCAAUCAUAUGAAAAUUCCUGUCUCUUUUAACACAUGCAUUUAUUGUCUAAGUCUUGCUGAGCUUGCUGCUGUGUGUUUUAUAUGAGAUAAAGUCAAGAAACAAAUGCCUGGACACAA